GCGGCCGCGGCCAUGGGGGCUGAGCGUAGCCCAGGAUGGCCGCAGCUUCAUAUGAUCAAUUGUUAAAGCAAGUUGAGGCAUUAAAGAUGGAGAACUCCAACCUUCGGCAAGAGUUAGAGGAUAACUCAAAUCACCUCACAAAACUGGAAACCGAGGCGUCCACUAUGAAGGAGGUACUGAAACAGCUACAAGGAAGUAUUGAAGAUGAGGCAAUGACAUCUUCUGGACAAAUUGACUUACUGGAACGACUUAAAGAACUGAAUUUGGAAAGCACCAGCUUCGCUGGGGUGAAGUUAAGGCCAAAGGUGUCCGUGCGUUCCUAUGGGAGCCGGGAAGGGUCCGUGUCCAGCCGCUCAGGGGAGUGCAGUCCAGUCCCUAUGGGGUCAUUUCCAAGAAGAGGCUUUAUGAAUGGAAGCAGAGAAAGCACUGGUUACUUAGAAGAGCUAGAAAAAGAGAGAUCUCUGUUGCUCGCGGAGCUUGAGAAAGAAGAGAAAGAAAAGGACUGGUAUUAUGCCCAGCUUCAGAACCUGACUAAAAGGAUUGAUAGUCUCCCCCUUACUGAAAAUUUCUCCCUGCAAACAGAUAUGACCAGAAGGCAGCUGGAGUACGAGGCCAGGCAAAUCAGAGCUGCAAUGGAGGAACAGCUGGGCACUUGUCAGGAUAUGGAGAAGCGAGCACAGGCAAGGGUGGCCAGAAUUCAACAAAUAGAGAAGGACAUUCUUCGUAUACGACAGCUUCUGCAAUCACAAGCAGCUGAAGCAGAGAGAGCACCUCAAAGCAAGCAUGAGGCAGGUUCCCAUGAUACAGAGAGGCAGAAUGAAGGUCAAGGAGCAGCAGAAAUCAGCGUGGCAACCAGCAGUACUGGUCAGGGUUCUGCUGCUCGAGUGGACCACGAGACAGCCAGUGUUAUGAGCUCUAGUAGUAACUAUUCUGUUCCUCGCAGACUGACAAGUCAUCUGGGUACCAAGGUAACCGAAGAUUACAAACCACAGGUGGAAAUGGUGUAUUCAUUGUUAUCAAUGCUUGGUACUCAUGAUAAAGAUGACAUGUCAAGAACAUUGCUAGCAAUGUCUAGCUCCCAGGACAGCUGCAUAGCCAUGCGUCAGUCUGGAUGUCUUCCUCUCCUCAUCCAGCUUUUACAUGGCAACGAUAAGGACUCUGUGUUGUUAGGAAACUCCCGUGGUAGUAAAGAGGCCCGUGCCAGAGCCAGCGCAGCGCUGCACAACAUCAUUCACUCCCAGCCCGAUGAUAAGCGAGGCAGACGGGAAAUCCGUGUGCUCCAUCUCUUGGAGCAAAUCCGUGCUUACUGUGAAACGUGUUGGGAAUGGCAGGAGGCACAUGAACAAGGCAUGGACCAAGACAAAAACCCAAUGCCUGCUCCAGUGGAUCAUCAGAUUUGUCCUGCAGUGUGUGUUUUGAUGAAACUUUCAUUUGAUGAAGAACACAGACAUGCAAUGAAUGAGCUUGGAGGUUUACAGGCCAUUGCUGAACUGCUGCAAGUGGAUUGUGAAAUGUAUGGACUCACAAAUGAUCACUAUAGUGUUACUCUAAGGAGGUAUGCUGGCAUGGCUCUGACAAACCUGACUUUUGGAGAUGUGGCAAACAAGGCUACAUUAUGUUCCAUGAAGGGCUGCAUGAGAGCUCUUGUAGCCCAGCUGAAAUCUGAAAGUGAAGACUUACAGCAGGUCAUUGCAAGUGUGUUGAGGAACUUGUCCUGGCGAGCAGAUGUAAACAGUAAAAAGACUCUAAGAGAAGUUGGAAGUGUGAAAGCAUUGAUGGAAUGUGCUUUAGAAGUUAAGAAGGAAUCCACCCUGAAAAGCGUUCUGAGUGCCUUAUGGAAUUUGUCAGCACACUGCACUGGAAACAAAGCUGACAUAUGUGCUGUUGAUGGUGCUCUUGCAUUUCUGGUCGGCACACUGACAUACCGGAGCCAAACAAAUACUUUAGCCAUCAUAGAAAGUGGAGGAGGAAUACUAAGAAAUGUUUCUAGCCUAAUUGCUACUAAUGAGGACCAUAGGCAAAUCUUGCGAGAGAACAGCUGCUUACAAACGUUGUUACAACAUUUGAAGUCACACAGUUUGACAAUAGUUAGUAACGCAUGUGGGACCCUGUGGAAUCUCUCUGCUCGAAAUGCAAAGGAUCAGGAGGCACUGUGGGACAUGGGAGCUGUGAGCAUGCUGAAAAACCUGAUUCACUCAAAACACAAAAUGAUAGCUAUGGGUAGUGCUGCAGCUCUACGGAACCUCAUGGCAAACAGGCCAGCAAAGUACAAGGAUGCCAACAUUAUGUCUCCAGGAUCAAGCCUGCCAUCUCUCCAUGUCAGAAAACAAAAGGCACUGGAAGCAGAAUUAGAUGCUCAGCAUUUAUCAGAGACUUUUGACAACAUUGAUAAUUUAAGCCCAAAAGCAUCUCACCGCAAUAAGCAGAGACAUAAGCAGAAUAUGUACAGUGAGUAUGUCCUGGAUGCCAGCCGCCAUGAUGAUGGGGUGUGCAGGUCAGAAAGCUUUAAUGCUGGCAAUAUGACUGUGCUCUCACCAUAUGUAAAUACUACGGUAUUGCCUGGCUCCUCCUCUUCCAGUAGAGGAAACGCAGAGAAUUCUCGAUCUGAGAAAGACAGGAGUAUUGAAAGGGAUCGAACAGUAGGUUUAAAUACCUAUCAUCAAGCUGCAGAGAAUAGUGGGAAUUCCUCUAAGAGAAUGGGAAUGCAGAUUUCUACUGCUGCAGCUCAGAUUGCCAAAGUUAUGGAAGAAGUAACAAGCAUGCACAUUCCACAGGAAGAGAGAAGUUCUGGUUCCACUUCUGAAAUACACUGUUUGACAGAAGACAGAAAUGCCCAGAGGAGAUCAACCUCUGCCCAUACUCACUCAAAUACAUAUUUUCCAAAAUCUGAGAACUCAAACAGGACAUGUCCUGUGCCUUAUACAAAAGUGGAAUAUAAAAGAGCUUCAAAUGAUAGUUUAAAUAGUGUCAGCAGCAGUGAUGGCUAUGGGAAAAGAGGCCAGAUGAAACCUUCCAUUGAGUCUUACUCCGAAGAUGAUGAAAGUAAAUUUUGUAGUUAUGGCCAAUAUCCAGCUGACUUGGCACACAAGAUUCAUAGUGCAAAUCACAUGGAUGACAAUGAUGGAGAACUAGACACUCCUAUUAAUUACAGUCUUAAAUACUCAGAUGAGCAGUUAAAUUCUGGAAGGCAAAGUCCCUCCCAGAAUGAAAGAUGGGCAAGGCCUAAGCAUAUAAUAGAUGAUGAGAUGAAGCAAAAUGAGCAAAGACAGUCAAGGAACCAAAAUGCAGCCUACCCUGUGUACACUGAAAGUGGAGAUGAUAAACACAUGAAAUACCAGACACCUUUUGGACAGCAGGAGUGCGUUUCUUCCUUUAGAUCAAGAGGUUCCAGUGGCUCAGAUCAGAACAGAGUAGGCCCAACUCUUGGAAUGAAUCAGAAAGUAAACCAGUCCUUGUGCCAGGUUGAUGAUUAUGAUGAUGAUAAGCCAACCAACUAUAGUGAACGUUAUUCUGAGGAGGAACAACAUGAAGAGGAAGACAGACCAACUAAUUACAGCAUAAAGUACAAUGAAGAGGAGCAUCAUGUUGAUCAGCCUAUUGAUUAUAGUUUAAAAUACUCAACAGAAGUUCCAGCACCUACUCAGAAGCCAUCUUUUACUUUUCCAAAGACUUCUUCAGUGCAACUCAAUAAAACUGACCAUAUUCCCCCAGGCAGUGGGAGCACAUCAGCCCCCUCAGCUGGUUCAAAGAGGCAGAACCAGCUUCACCCAAGCUCUGCACAGAGUAGAAGUAGCCAUGCAAAGAAUGCAUCCUGUAAGACUCCCUCUAUUAAUCAGGAAACCAUACAAACUUACUGCGUGGAAGAUACCCCAAUAUGUUUUUCAAGGUGUAGCUCUUUGUCAUCCUUGUCGUCAGCUGAAGAUGAAAUAGGACGUGAUCAAUCUACACGUGGCACGGAUGCCAAUAACACACUGCAGAUUGCAGAACUGAAGGAGAACAGUGGGACUCUACCUACAGAAGGUGCAGCGAGUGAAAUCACAUCAACAGCACAACACAUCAGAACAAAAUCCACUAGACUGCAGACUUCUAGCUUGUCUCCUUCUGAUUCGUCUAGACAUAAAGCUGUUGAGUUUUCUUCAGGUGCCAAAUCUCCCUCAAAGAGUGGUGCCCAAACUCCUAAAAGCCCACCAGAACAUUAUGUACAGGAAACACCACUCAUGUUCAGCAGAUGUACUUCUGUAAGUUCCCUGGAUAGUUUUGAAAGCCGUUCAAUUGCUAGUUCAGUUCAAAGUGAGCCUUGUAGUGGAAUAGUAAGUGGUAUUAUAAGUCCCAGUGACCUUCCAGACAGCCCUGGACAAACAAUGCCUCCAAGCAGAAGUAAAACACCACCGCCUGCUCAAGGAGUUCAAGUAAAAAGAGAGGUACCUAAAGGAAAAGCAACCACUACAGAGAAGAGAGAGUCUGGUCCUAGGCAGGCAGCUGUAAAUGCAGCUGUUCAAAGAGUUCAGGUACUGCCAGAUGCUGAUACACUAUUACAUUUUGCCACAGAAAGCACACCGGAUGGGUUUUCUUGCUCUUCUAGCCUGAGUGCUCUGAGCCUUGAUGAGCCAUUUAUACAGAAGGAUGCAGAGUUAAGAAUUAUGCCUCCAGUUCAUGAAAAUGAGCAUGGAAAUGAAGCAGAACCUGAACAGUCAGAUGAUACAAAGGAUAACCAGGAGAAGAAAGCAGAGAAGCCAGCUGAAGCAGACAAAGACAUUCUGGAUGAUUCCGAUGAUGACAUUGAAAUACUGGAAGCAUGUAUUAUUUCUGCAAUGCCAACAAAGUCGUCACGUAAAACCAAAAAGCCUUCGCAAGCAUCUGCUCCAAAAAUACCUCCUCCUGUAGCCAGAAAGCCCAGCCAGUUGCCAGUUUACAAACUUAUGCCUUCACAAAGCAGAUUGCAAUCACAAAAGCACGUGACUUUUACACCAGGAGAUGAUAUGCCACGAGUAUAUUGUGUUGAGGGAACACCAAUAAAUUUUUCAACAGCUACAUCUCUGAGUGACCUGACAAUAGAAUCCCCCCCGAGUGAGCUGGCCAAUGCAGACAAUGUGGGUGUGGGAGCAGAGUCAGGGGAGUUUGAAAAGCGGGACACCAUUCCUACAGAAGGCAGAAGUACUGAUGAUUCUCAGAGAGCAAAAAGCUCAGCUGUGACUCCCCUUGGCCUGGAUGAUGACAAAACAGAAGAGGGUGAUAUUUUGGCUGAGUGUAUUAACUCAGCUAUGCCAAAAGGAAAAAGUCAUAAACCUUUCAGAGUGAAGAAGAUAAUGGACCAAAUUCAACAAGCUUCUUCAUCCCCAAGUAAUAAAAACCAACCUGAAAGUGAGAAAAAGCCAACAUCACCAGUAAAGCCUGUUUCCCAAAACAGUGAAUACAGAGCACGUGUGCGAAAAAGCACAGAGCCUAGAAGCAAUGCUAGUAAUGAAAGAGGCUAUCCAGAGAACAGAGAUACAAAGAAACAGAACCUUAAAAAUAAUUCAAGAGAUUUUCAUGACAAAUUGCCAAAUAAUGAAGAGCGUGUAAGAGGAAGCUUUGCAUUUGAUUCCCCUCAUCAUUACACACCUAUUGAGGGAACUCCUUAUUGUUUUUCACGGAAUGAUUCCCUGAGUUCUUUAGAUUUUGAUGAUGAUGAGGUUGACCUUUCAAGAGAGAAGGCAGAAUUAAGAAAAGGAAAAGAAGGAAAGGAAACUGAAAGUAAAGAGUGCUCUACUACAGAACAGUCUUCAAAUCAGCAGUCAAGUAACAGGACACAAGUUUGUCAAAAACACUCAGCAAGCAGAAGCCAGACAAAAACCUUCUCUCAGUCAACUAAAGAUAUUCCAGACAGAGGAGCAGCUACAGAUGAGAAAAUGCAGAAUUUUGCUAUUGAAAACACACCUGUUUGUUUUUCUCGCAAUUCGUCUCUUAGCUCCCUUAGUGAUAUUGAUCAAGAAAACAAUAACAACAAAGAAGGGGAACCUGCAAAACGUCCUGAAGCUCCCGAGUCACAGGUAGAAUCCAACAGACCACAGACUUCUGGUUAUGCACCUAAAUCAUUUCAUGUUGAAGAUACUCCUGUGUGCUUCUCUAGAAACAGCUCUCUGAGUUCUCUUAGCAUUGACUCAGAAGAUGAUCUUCUGCAGGAAUGCAUUAGUUCUGCUAUGCCUAAAAAGAAAAAGCCCUCAAGAAUAAAGAGUGACGGUGAAAAAAAUAAUUCCAGAAGCGCAGGUGGUAUGUUAGCAGAAGAUUUAAUGCUGGAUUUGAGAGAGGUACAGAGGCCAGAUUCAGAACAUGGUUUUUCACCUGAUUCCGAGAACUUUGACUGGAAAGCUAUACAAGAAGGUGCAAAUUCUAUUGUUAGUAGCUUGCAUCAAGCUGCAGCUGCUGCAUCGCUGUCUAGACAAGCUUCAUCAGACUCUGACUCUAUCCUUUCAUUAAAAUCUGGUAUUUCUCUAGGGUCACCAUUUCAUCUUACCCCAGACCAAGAAGAAAAACCUUUCACUAGUAAUAAAGGUCCAAGAAUUAUUAAGCCAGGAGAGAAGAGUACACUGGAGUCUAAAAAAGUAGAAUCAGAAAGUAGGGGUAUCAAAGGAGGAAAGAAAGUGUAUAAAAGUAUGAUCACAGGAAAAGCACGCUCUAAUUCAGAAAUUUCAAGUUUGAAGCAACCACAACAGACAAGUGUGCCUUCAAUUUCACGUGGUAGAACAAUGAUCCAUAUUCCAGGAGUUCGAAAUAGUUCUUCAAGUACCAGUCCUGUUUCCAAAAAAGGACCCCCACUCAAAAACAUGAACUCCAAGAGUCCCAGUGAAGGCCAAAGUUUGACUAGUUCUCCAAGAGGAGCCAAAUCAUCAGUGAAACCUGAGCCAGCUCCUGUGACUAGGCAGCCAUCAGGGUUGAACCAGAGUGGAUCAAGUAAAGGACCUUCUAGAUCAGGAUCUAGAGACUCCACUCCUUCUAGACCUCAACAGCAGCCAUUAAGUAGGCCUCUGCAAUCCCCUGGGCGAAACUCCAUUUCCCCAGGAAGAAAUGGUAUCAGUCCUCCCAACAAACUGUCACAGUUGCCAAGAACAUCAUCUCCUAGCACAGCUUCAACUAAAUCCUCAAGUUCAGGUAGAAUGUCAUACACACCACCAGGCAGGCAGAUGAGCCAGCAAAACCUUACAAAGCAAACUGCCUUACCUAAGAGUACCAGUAGCAUUCCACGAAGUGAAUCUGCUUCAAAGGGGUUAAACCAAACUCUUAGCACUGGUGGAUCAAACAAAAAGACUGACCUGUCCAGAAUGUCAUCCACAAAGUCUAGUGGAAGUGAAUCUGACAGAUCUGAGAGACCUGUUCUUGUUCGUCAGUCAACUUUUAUUAAAGAGGCUCCGAGCCCAACUCUGAGACGGAAAUUAGAAGAGUCAGCUUCAUUUGAAUCUCUGUCACCUUCCAGACCAGAUUCUCCCACAAGGUCCCAACUGCAGACUCCAGUUUUAAGUCCUUCUCUUCCUGAUAUGUCUUUAUCCACUCAUUCACCUGCCCAGAGUAGUGGUUGGCGAAAAUUAGCCCCUAAUCAUAGUCCUACUAUAGAAUAUGAUGGGAGACCAGCAAAGCGUCAUGACAUAGCUCGUUCCCAUUCUGAGAGUCCGUCUAGGCUGCUGAUCAACAGAUCAGGAACAUGGAAGCGCGAGCACAGUAAGCAUUCCUCAUCACUUCCUCGUGUAAGCACUUGGCGAAGAACUGGAAGUUCUUCCUCCAUCCUGUCAGCUUCUUCAGAAUCCAGUGAAAAGGCAAAAAGUGAAGAUGAAAAGCAGCAUGGAGGUUCUCUCCCUGGACACAAGCAAAGUAAAGAAAGCCAAGCACCAGCAAAAGGUACUUGGAGAAAAAUAAAAGAAAAUGAAAUUCCUCAAAUAAUGAAUGAUCCUCAGCAUUCUUCUUCGGGUCCCACAAAUGGCUCUGAUUCCAAAACCCUCAUCUAUCAGAUGGCUCCAGCUGUCUCUAAGACAGAGGAUGUGUGGGUGAGGAUAGAGGACUGCCCAAUUAACAACCCUCGAUCUGGAAGGUCCCCAACUGGAAAUACUCCCCCUGUUAUUGACAGUGUUUCAGAGAAAGGGGGUGUGAAUGGUAAAGAUCCUAAAGAGAUUCAAGAAAAGCAAACCCCAGGGAAUGGAGGUGUUCCUGUUCAUACAGUUGGCUUAGAAAACCGUCUGAACUCUUUCUUUCAGAUAGACAGUCCAGACAAGAAAGGCACUGAAACAAAGCCUCUACAGAAUAAUCCCGUUCCUGCACCAGAAAUUAAUGAAAGUACUGUAAGCGAGCGUACUCCAUUCAGUUCCAGUAGCUCAAGCAAGCACAGCUCCCCCAUCGGUGCUGUGGCAGCAAGGGUGACUCCUUUCAACUACAACCCGAGCCGCAGGAAGAGCAGCAUGGAUAAUAGUUCUGCCCGGCCCUCACAGAUACCAACCCCGGUGAACAACAGCACCAAGAAACGUGACACCAAGUCUGAAAACACUGACUCCAGUGGAACACAAAGCCCUAAACGUCACUCUGGCUCUUACCUGGUAACUUCUGUUUAAGUGCAACAAAAACAAAACAAAACAAAAAAUUUAAACUGAUGUAUUAUAUACAGCAGCUACUUAGAAACUUUGUUUCAAAUGAAACAAAAAAAAAUGGGGAUUGAUUUUUUGUUUGUUUGUUUGUUUGUUUUUGUUUUUAUUUGUUGUAAAUAGCUUUGAUUCUUGUUAGAUGGUCCUUGUUCUGGAAGCCAUAUUUGAUAGUAUACUUUGUCUCCACUGGUGAUAUUUUGUAGGAAUACCUGAUUGACAGUUUGGAAUAAAAUUGCUAACGCAAGUGUAUUUGUACAGUAUGGUUAACAUGUAUUCCCAUGUUUAACAUGCAUCCCAUCACACUAUCCUUUACAUAUUGCUUGUCAUUGAAAUCAUGGAAUAGCACAGAUAGAAAUAAUGCAGUCAUAUUGAUUUACCAAUAAUUCCUAGAUUACAGACCAACUAAACUACAUCAGGGAAGAAUUGGUAUUAUUUAUGCAAAAAAUGUACUCAUGUUUAGUAUUUGUGAGUUCAUCUAACCCAAUAUUUAAUCAUGUGGCUGUGAAAUUCACAGUAAUAUGGUUUCCGCUGAACAAGCUUUCCUAGCCUGCUUUUCUGCAUGAAUGGAACUGAUGGUUCAUUUUAUGGAGUAAUGAUUAACAUUUCUGUGGUCACAUAAUGUGGAUAGAUAGUUAUGGUGUAACAAUUUACACUUUCUUUGUGCUCUGAAAAAGAAAAAAAAUCCAACAAAAAACAACUGUGUAACUGUAAAACUUUGAACAAAAUUAUUUUACCUGAGUUAGAUUUUAUCUUAAAGUAGGUAGAAUUUUUUUGCUAUGCUGUAACUUGUUGUAUAUUCUGGUAUUUGAGGUGAGAUGGCUGCUCCUUUAUUAAUGAGACGUGGGUGAUGUCUCAACAGAGACUAAAAUGAACAUUUCAGAAUAAAUUAUUACUAUAUGUAA